AUCUGUAGUGGCCUGCUUGAAAUCUGUUUUGCUGAAUUUAUUUAACAUUGUACAGGCAUAUGUCAAAUAACAUUUUAUGAAUGUCAUUCAGUAAACGUAUGACAGACAAACAUAAAGUUCAGAGAAAGAUAUUCUGAACACCCAAAGCACUGAAAAGUGUAAACACAUACGUACACCACAUUUGCGAAUCACUUCAUGUGGCACAAUCACCACCUUACUGCCAUAAAAUCAACGCCAGUAUCCAGUAAUAAUAAUCUGCUGACAACUGACGACCACCUACCACAAUCCAAAAAGAUCCACUACAGUAACUUUACACAAAAGGUGAGGGACUCGAUGUGCUCAGGAGUAGAAGAACAAAUUUAUACUCCACGACUGUGGUACUAUGAUCUUCUUUCUUUCCUAGAUGAAAGGAACAUAAACACAAGAGAUGGGACAGAUACGAUGCAAGAGGAAGACGUUGACAUUAAUGACUCUUUUAUGGAAUCGCAAGAAAUGAGACAUAUAAGUAAGAGGAAGAGAGAGGAACAGAAAAACAGAGAGGAAUUAAUUACUUUGACAAAAAAGUUAAUUACGUCAAAACCUGACCAGUGGGACGGACUAGCCAUAGCAUAUACUGAGCAGCUAAGGGAGUUGCAGCCUCAACAACAGGCAAUAGCUCAGAAACUUAUAUCUGAAGUUAUUUGUUUUGGCAAGUUAGGCCUCCUGUCCACACAAUCCACUGUUAUUCUUCCGGCCCAGCCACAUUCUUUUCCAGUGAUACAAACAUCAGUUGUCCCAGUUCCAUCCACACCCUCUGUCACACACAUCCCAACCCUUGCCCCAGUCCCAUCCCCAUCCCCAGUCUCACACAUCCUGUCCUCCUCUUCCACUAACACACAACCAUCUCCCUGUCUCUCGUCCACCAUAAAUACAUAUAACACAGAGUGAAGGUGGGGACAGUAUUCUGGAUGACCUUUUUCUUUCCAUAUGUGAGUUUCGUUUGUUUUAUUUUGUUUCAUUUCAU